AUGUCUGGUAACGCGCCUCAAGGAGACGCUGACGAGAAUGACGAUGUCUACACCAUGGAUUCGAAUGAUGAACAAGAGCGUGCACCCCAGCGCCAGCCCAAAGCAGCGAAACCAGCAAAAGCAGCGAAACCAACGGCAGUCCGACAAAGACCGCGGCGCCAGAAACAGAAAAGAGACAUGAUCUCAGAGGACGAUGAUGUUCAAGAUGAGUCCAAAGCAAUGCAGCCCUAUGAAGGGCGCAGGGCGCAAGAGCUCUCCAACAAGGAGGCCUCGCCGGCACAGGCGGGCGAGCGUAUACAGAAACAAGACCAACAGCAAGGAGAGCAAGUACAGGGAAAAGAAAAGGAGGACACUGGGCUCAAACUACGACUGGAUUUGAACCUCGACAUCGAGGUUGACCUGAAAGCUAGCAUCCAUGGUGAUAUAACGUUGGCAUUGCUUUCCUAA